UUUUGUAAGCGACUUAUUGUAACUGAGCACAAUGAGCCUGAAAUUGUAUUAUGAUUUGUUGUCGCAACCGUCCAGAGCUCUUUACAUAUUUUUAAAAGUAUGUAAUAUUCCAUUUGAGGGGAAAUUGGUAAAUCUGGGCAAAGGUGAACAUCUUACAUCAGAAUACAAAAAAGUUAAUCCGUUCCAAAAAGUACCAGCUAUUGAGCAUAAUGGUUUGAAUAUGUUUGAAAGGUAUUGUUUUGUAGUAAUUUUUCUACAAAUGUUCUUAAUACAAAAAUUGUUAGAUGCUAUGUAAAUUAAAUUUCAACUUAUAAUUCAAUAUAAAUGUAUAGGUGAUUCUACCUUAUUCAAUAAAAAAAAUGUAAAUGCCUCUAUAUAAUAUGCUAAAAUGACUAAGAUCUAUACUAUGCAGAUUAUGUAAUUUCGGAUCCUAUGGGAUUACUGUUCUAUAAAAGUGUACACUAAUC